UCAAAUGAAUUUUGUAGCCAUGGGAAGCUUUGUAAAAAGCGCUUGAGCUGCUUGAAUAAAAAUUCUCAACAAACUGUGCCACUGUCCAACUGGAAACCCUGUUGCUAAGCCCGGCGGGGAUGUGGCAAAGCCCUCUUUCGGCCGCUAUAGCUGCAUCUCAGGGACAAGCCAACAAUAGCCUUUUGCAGCAGAUCACAAUGCUGCAAAACCUCCAUCAUCAACAGCCGAGUUUCAAUUACCUUCAAGUAGCCGCUGCUAGCCAGUCUGUUGUGAAGCAGGAGUUCUCAGACCUUAAAAUCGCUCCACAAUGUACAACGCUCUCAUCCACCAACGGGUCUUCACAAGCUCACACAUCGUCGUCCUCGUACGCUAAUACGAGUAUUCCUCCCUCUGCCAGAGUUCCCUCUCCAAAUGUGCCUUCCACAACUGCUCCAACAUCCUCGCCUGCCUCAAAGCGGCCCUGUUUUUCACCUCCAGAAGAACCUAAGGAAGCUGUCAACGUCAAGAAGAACUCACCCUGCAACGAAAACCCGACGAGGAUGGGGCAGACACAGUCUAACGAUCAGUUCUACAAUGUAUCGGCAUCGUCGUCGUUUCUCGGCAGCGAAUUCGAUGGGUCUUCUGGAGCCUACUCAUCGCUUAUACAACCGGUAGUGCAUUCUGCACCGUUACAGCUUGCCAUAGGCGAGACACCACAGCCUCUAACAAGUGAAAGAAUGGCACAAUAUCUAUGCAAUAGGGAUCAAUAUGACUGCAUAAUUUCCAUUUUCCAUGCAAAAGUUGCGCAGAAAUCCUAUGGAAACGAAAAGAGGUUUUUCUGCCCUCCACCUUGCAUUUAUUUAUUAGGCGAAGGAUGGAAAGAAAAACGAAAUCGAGUCGAAGCCUUAUACAAAUCAUUUAAAGAACAUCAGAAAAGAAUGGGUGUUGCGCCAGAGUUAGGCCCAGAGCAUGAAAGGAUUUCAGAACAACAAGCCAGCGAGUUGUGCGCCUUUAUUGGGAUUGGCGCUCCAUCAGAUCAGGAAAGGCAGCAACUUGACUUUUCUAACGGCAAGGAUUACUGCGCCGCCAAAACUCUCUACAUUAGCGACUCUGACAAGAGGAAAUACUUUGAGUUAUCUAUCCAAUUCUUUUAUGGAUGUGGCGUUGAGAUCGGACUUUUCCUAUCUCAGAGAAUAAAGGUCAUCAGCAAACCGUCAAAGAAGAAGCAAAGCAUGAAGAACACCGAUUGUAAAUACCUAUGCAUCGCAUCGGGAACUAAGGUAGCGCUCUUCAAUAGGCUUCGUUCUCAAACAGUGAGCACACGUUACCUCCAUGUGGAUAACGGGGCAUUUCAUGCGAGCUCUACCAAAUGGGGAGCAUUCACAAUACAUCUAUUCGAUGACGAGCCUACAGCUCCUGAAUCGGAGAACUUCACUGUCAAAGAUGGUUUUGUCUACUACGGAUCUGUUGUGAAGCUGGUUGAUAGUGUGACUGGUAUAGCACUGCCUCGUCUUAGGAUACGGAAGGUCGAUAAGCAGCAUGUGAUCCUCGAUGCGACGACAAAUGAAGAGCCAGUGUCGCAACUGCACAAAUGUGCUUUCCAAAUGAUCGACAAUGAGACCGUUUACCUUUGUCUCAGCCACGACAAAAUCAUCCAACAUCAAGCCACUCCUAUCGAUGCAACACAUCAUCAGAUCAGCGAUGGAGCUGCAUGGACUAUCAUAUCUACAGAUAAGGCGGAAUAUCGUUUCUACGAAGCUAUGGGCCCUGUAUCACAACCGAUAACUCCCGUUCCUGUUGUCAGCGGAUUGGACAUAACUGGUAGCGACUCCAUGGCGCGAGUCGAGCUAACAGGCUAUAAUAUGAAGCCGAAUCUGAAAAUAUGGUUUGGAACAACUCCAGUAGAAACGAUAUACAGGUCAGACGAGUCACUCACAUGCCAAGUUCCAUCCCAUGCGGUAAUCAAAACCGAAGCAUCUGGAUGGGAUUUCAACGGGGACGAUGCGGAGGUGCCGAUAACCCUGGUCAGGGAUGAUGGAGUCAUCUACUCGACACCGAUGAUGUUCUCCUACAAAACGCUCAAAGUGCAGCAACGACAACCGCGCUAUGGCGACUCAUUCAACUAACGGCGCUCAUCCAUUCGGAUCGACCCUCUUUUCUAAACUUCGUUCCACUGAUAGAUGGCUGUACGGUUAUUUCUUUCUAUAUUAUCACAUUUUAUCGCUGUUCUCCUCCACACUUUUUUUUCAGCAAGAUGAUCUGUCUACGAGUCCCUUUAGUAACUGUUCUGGUAACAACAUUGCAUAAUUUCUCUUACAACUUUAAUAAUUGCAGAACAGAGCUUGCAAAUUUAUCCUGGGAUGAUCUCGUAGGUGCAUCAUAGCAGCAGGUGAAGAUAUGGCACUAGUGAGUGCUCAUAGACCCGUGUCCCUUACUCGGUGUACUAACAGACAAAUUCCCCCCGAACUCCACCUUCCCAGGUGUUUUCACCUCAAAACGACGCCCCUCUAAUAAGACUGGGUCAGAUGAUUGGCAUAGCUCUAAUCACUCGUUCGUUGUGCAUUCAGUCUGCUCAUUGAUGUUUCAGUUUGUCACUGUAAAUAAAUAAAGUAUUGUACUUU